AAUAGAAGAUGAUGUUAUCAACCUGCGACGAAAUUAGCUGUUCGGCUCAUGGAUGUGCGACGUUUUCAUGUCCCGUGUCGAGUGUAUGGCUUAAAUCUAUUUUAGCAACCUUGCACAGCCUACCAUGAGUUUAUUUGGGACAAAUGCCGGUUUCGGCACCGGAGGAACGAGUGUGUUUGGGAGUACCACGACAGACACACAUAAUCCAAUGAAGGAUGUAGAGGUGACGUCUCCGCCUGAUGACAGCAUAAGCUGUCUGGCCUUUAGCCCCCCUACUCUCCCCGGAAACUUUCUUAUUGGAGGCUCUUGGGCCAACGAUGUGCGAUGUUGGGAAGUGCAGGACAAUGGUCAAACUGUGCCUAAAGCCCAGCAGAUGCACACAGGCCCGGUGCUGGACGUGUGUUGGAGCGACGAUGGGAGUAAAGUCUUCACUGCCUCAUGUGACAAAACAGCCAAGAUGUGGGAUUUGAACAGCAACCAGGCGAUGCAGAUAGCACAACAUGAUGGUCCAAUUAAAUCAAUCCACUGGAUAAAGGCCCCGAACUAUAGCUGUAUUAUGACUGCGAGUUGGGACAAAACACUGAAGUUCUGGGACACGCGCUCCCCAAACCCUAUGAUGUCACUGCAGAUGCCAGAACGUGCCUACUGUGCCGACGUGGUGUAUCCCAUGGCAGUGAUUGCCACGGCAGAGAGAGGUCUGCUUGUGUACCAGCUGGAGAAUCAGCCAUCAGAGUUCCGUCGAAUAGAUUCACCUCUGAAGCACCAGCAUCGUUGUGUGGCCAUCUUCAAGGACAAGCAAAACAAGCCCACUGGCUUUGCGCUCGGCAGCAUCGAGGGCAGAGUGGCCAUUCACUACAUUAAUCCUCCAAAUCCAGCCAAGGACAACUUCACCUUCAAGUGCCAUAGGUCCAAUGGAACCAACACUGCCACUCCCCAGGAUAUCUAUGCUGUGAAUGCCAUUGCUUUCCACCCUGUCCAUGGCACCUUGGCAACUGUGGGCUCAGAUGGCCGCUUCAGCUUCUGGGACAAGGAUGCCCGCACCAAGCUGAAGACCUCAGAACAGCUGGAUCAGCCAAUCACAGCCUGCUGCUUCAACAACAAUGGAAAUAUCUGCGCCUACUCCUCCAGUUAUGACUGGUCAAAGGGCCAUGAGUACUACAACCCCCAGAAGAAGAACUACAUCUUCCUGCGGAACGCUGCCGAGGAGCUGAAGCCUCGGAACAAGAAAUGAUUCUUCGCGUGCUGAGUUCCAUCUCUGGUGGGGAAAUUUGGAGGAGCGGCUUUAGUGUGUAUAUACAGGAGAGAACCCCCUUUUGGCUUACACCUGGACCAAUGGCGAGGCUUUGCUUACUGUGUAUGGACCAAUCAGAAGGGGCCAACCUGCCCUUGUGUGAUGACAGCUUUGUGACUUCGGGUCAUAUGAGGGUAGCCGUUCUUUGUUGCUCAUCAUAAUUGUUGGUGGUAAAAUCUUUUUUUAUAUUCAUGUCUGCAGUUAUUUUUUAUAUGGCUCAUCAGAGGAUACAGUGGUUUCUUUGUUUGUUUCACCUUUGCUUUACUGUCAUUGCGUGGUGUAGCUCGAUCUUGAAAUGUAAAGUCAAUAAAUAAUUCUGUGCAGGACUCUACGGAUUUUUA